CGCGUUAUAGCCAAGACAAAUUGUAUGAAGUGUAUUUAAAAAAAAAAGAAACCGCUAAAAGAACCAAACGCAUAAAUAAAUAUAUUUACAUUUUUUAUUUGCAACAUAUAUAAACGGAACACAACAGGCAAUAAAUUUAUUGACAAAGAAAAAAAAUUUUUAAAAGAAGAGAAAUACACAAUUUAUUUAUGAAUUUUACAAUAAUAAAUAAUAAACGCAUAAAAGGAAGUUGAAAAUAUUGUUGUUAAAAAGAGUAAACUAAAGCAAAACUUAGUGAAAAAUUCCAAAAAGUCGGAUUAAAGUUAAAUUUUUUAUAUUUAUAUUUAUAGCGAUAAAAAAAAAUUGUGUGAAUUUUAAUUGUGAAAAAAAUUUCACUCAUACGUCAUGAAAAUCUUGCAAAAUAAAUUCAUAAUAAACCACAAAAACAGCAGAAAUAACAGCAACUACAAAAACAAUUGUAAAUUGUCAGUGAUUUUUUAUAUAACCACGAAUACAGCGACAUCAGCAGUAGUAACAGCAGCCAUCAUGAUUUUUAUGCACGCCAUAGUUUCCGUUAACACAACAAAAACAGGCGGCCAUAUACGGCCGGACACGGAAAUAACAAAAACAAUAGCAGAAACAUGGACGAAAACAUGGUUCGAUUUAAGUAAAAAUCCCGUAAUAGCACAACAAUCAACAAAAACACAAACUCUACCAACAACAUCAUCAUCAUCACAAUCAGCAGUAGCAACUGCAGCAUCAGCAUUCUCAACAUUAAACUCCUUCCACAUGUCACAUCAAGCUGCAGCAACAAUAAGGCAACCAAAAGCCAUAAAUGCCAAAACUUCUGCAACAGCCAUCACCACCACCAACACUUCACUGGGCGAUUGCAAAUCCCUUACUGGUGCAUGGGGUGAUGUUGAUCCAAAUAUAUUCUACAUCUGUGAUACUCAAACAAAAAAGCCUCUGCAAUUACGUUGUCCCGAAGGUAAAGGUUUUUUUCUCGGUCUGGGCUAUUCGGGCUGCAUACCGUUUGAUCAAUGGCCGGCGUGCAUUUCAAGUGGACAUCUCGAACAGGUGAUAGUUUGCGAUAGCAAGCAUAUGCAACAGCCUUGGGAAUGUAUGAAUCCAAAUAAAUUUUAUGUCUGCCUAAAGGAGUCUAUCGAACCAACAAUACUGAAUUGUGAAACAGGUAAGGGUUUUGUUCAUGCCAUCGUCACAACAACAACAACAAAUGCCGGCAGUGGUACUCGUGAAAGUGGUGUUACUGGUACUAGUACCACAAGUGAAAUUGUUGGCUGUGCUAAUUGGGAAAAAUGGCGUAACUAUAUGCAGUGUAAUGAUUAUUAUUAAGAAACAACAGCAUCCCAUACUCAAUUGUUGUUGGUUGGUCUUCAACUGAAAGCUCAGAAGAUAGUAAAAUAUAAAAAUACAUUAUUUAAUACAUUGUAUAUAAAAUAAAGAAAAAAAAUUAAGUUCAUAAUACAUGCAUAAAUUCUUAUAAAAAGAAUUUCAUAAUUUGCAUAUAAAAUUUUUGCUAA